AUGGGGGAGCCGCUCGGGGAGGCUCCGUCCCCGGAGGUAACGGCGGCGAGGAAGCAGCAGGGGGUGAAGCGGCAUCACCACAAGCACAACCUGAAGCACCGCUACGAGCUGCAGGAGACCUUGGGCAAAGGCACCUAUGGCAAAGUCAAGCGGGCCAUCGAGAGGUUUUCUGGCAGAGUGGUUGCAAUAAAAUCCAUUCGUAAGGACAAAAUUAAGGAUGAACAAGAUAUGGUUCACAUCAGACGGGAGAUUGAGAUCAUGUCAUCCCUCAGCCACCCUCAUAUCAUCACCAUAUAUGAAGUGUUUGAAAAUAAAGAUAAGAUUGUGAUCAUCAUGGAGUAUGCAAGUAAAGGAGAGUUGUAUGAUUACAUUAGUGAGAGGCGGCGAUUGAGUGAAAGAGAGACAAGACACUUCUUCCGACAAAUAGUCUCUGCUGUACAUUACUGCCACAAGAACGGUGUUGUUCACAGGGACCUAAAACUGGAAAACAUCCUUCUUGAUGACAAUUUUAAUAUUAAGAUUGCUGAUUUUGGACUCUCCAACCUUUAUCAUAAAGACAAGUUUCUGCAGACCUUUUGUGGAAGCCCACUGUAUGCUUCCCCUGAAAUAGUUAAUGGACGACCUUACAGAGGCCCAGAGGUUGACAGCUGGGCCCUUGGUGUAUUGCUUUACACUCUGGUUUAUGGAACGAUGCCCUUUGAUGGUUUCGAUCACAAAAAUCUCAUCAGGCAGAUCAGCAGUGGAGAAUAUCGUGAGCCAACACAGACCUCAGAUGCUCGCGGUCUUAUCAGAUGGAUGCUGAUGGUGAACCCUGAACGCCGAGCAACCAUUGAAGACAUCGCCAACCACUGGUGGGUUAACUGGGGCUACAAGAGUAGCGUUUGUGACUGUGAUGCCAUGAGGGACUCUGAGUCCCCAUUACUGGCAAGGUUCAUUGAUUGGCAUCACCGUUCUACUGGCCUCCAACCAGAGACUGAAACCAAAAUGAAGUGCCUUUCUAAGCCCAAAGGUCCUGAAGUCACACUAGAGAGACAAAGGUCUCUGAAAAAAUCAAAAAAGGAAAAUGACAUUGCACAGUCCAUCCAGGAAGGAGGAGCUGAAAAUGCUUCCAAACCCACCUCCAAGAGACCCAAAGGCAUCCUGAAGAAAAGGAGCAACAGUGAACAUCGAUCUCACAGUGCAGGUUUCAUUGAAGGAGUGGUCAGCCCAGUGUUACCCUCUGCUUUUAAGCUGGAGCAAGAGUUGUGUAGGACUGGCGUAGCCAUUAAAAGUGUUGUGGAGGGAGAGGUAGCAGGAAAAUAUGGCACUAAGCAGUCUUCACUAAUGCCAAAAAAAGGAAUCUUAAAGAAGACUCAGCAGAGGGAGUCUGGGUAUUACUCCUCUCCAGAACGAAGUGAAUCUUCUGAACUCUUGGACAAUAAUGAUGAGACGGUAAACAGUGACACUUCUCCGGGGGUCACAGAGCCAUCCAGAAAUGGGUCUUACAGCCAUUCCUGCAGGCGUAAGGGCAUCUUGAAACAUAACAGCAAGUAUUCUACCAGCAGCACUGAAUCUGCUUUGAUUAGCCCUGACACACCAACGCUGGAGGCCAUGGAAGAAGUGGUCCUGCCUGGGGAUGCAUUACCUCGAAGUUACAGUCGCCCUUCCAGCGUGAUUAGUGAUGACAGUAUUUUGUCCAGUGACUCCUUUGAUUUGCUGGAUUUGCAAGAGAACAGGCCAAACAGGCAGAGGAUACGGAGCUGUGUCUCUGCUGAAAAUUUCCUCCAGAUCCAAGACUUCGAAGGACUUCAGAACCGCCCACGGCCACAGUAUCUAAAACGUUAUCGCAACCGUCUGGGGGACAGCAGUUUUUCCCUUCUCACAGACAUGGAUGAUGUGACUCAGGUCUACAAGAAAGCCCUAGAGAUCUGCAACAAGCUCAACUAG